CCGCCCCUCGGCUCCGGGCUAGGCUGAGACGGGAGGGUCCUCGGCUAAAGCCAAAAGCGGAUCAAAGUGGUGGGACUCGCGCCUCGGCCGCGGAGACGUGAAGGCCGUCCGCACGCCUCCUCCCGAUCCGGGUCGGUGCUCGCCCUCGCUCUCCUCUCCGCGUCCCCAUGGAGAAGACGGAGCUGAUCCAGAAGGCGAAGCUGGCCGAACAGGCCGAGCGCUACGACGACAUGGCCACCUGCAUGAAGGCCGUGACCGAGCAGGGCGCCGAGCUGUCCAACGAGGAGCGCAACCUGCUCUCGGUGGCCUACAAGAACGUGGUCGGCGGCCGCAGGUCCGCCUGGAGGGUCAUCUCGAGCAUCGAGCAGAAAACCGACACCUCGGACAAGAAGUUGCAGCUGAUUAAGGACUAUCGGGAGAAAGUGGAGUCCGAGCUGAGGUCCAUCUGCACCACGGUGCUGGAAUUGUUGGAUAAGUAUUUAAUAGCCAAUGCAACUAAUCCAGAGAGUAAGGUCUUCUAUCUGAAAAUGAAGGGAGAUUACUUCCGGUACCUUGCUGAAGUUGCAUGUGGUGAUGAUCGAAAGCAAACUAUAGAUAAUUCCCAAGGAGCUUACCAAGAAGCUUUCGAUAUAAGCAAGAAAGAGAUGCAGCCCACGCACCCAAUCCGCCUGGGGCUGGCUCUUAACUUUUCUGUAUUUUACUAUGAGAUCCUUAAUAACCCAGAGCUUGCCUGCACACUGGCUAAAACGGCUUUUGAUGAGGCCAUCGCAGAACUUGACACACUGAAUGAAGAUUCCUACAAAGACAGCACCCUCAUCAUGCAGUUGCUUAGAGACAACCUAACAUUAUGGACAUCAGACAGUGCAGGAGAAGAAUGUGAUGCGGCAGAAGGGGCAGAAAACUAAAUGCAUACAGGGUGGUCAUCCUUCUUCCCCUCAAGAAACCUUUUUACUCAUCUCCAUUCCUUAUUCCAUUUGGAUUUCCUAUAGCAAAGAACCCACUCAUGUGUAUGGAAUCAACUGUUUUAGUCUUUUCACACUGCAGCUUUGGGAAAAACUCCAUUCCUUGAUUUUGUGUUUGUCUUGGCCUUCCUGGUGUGCAGUUACUGCUGUAGAAAAGUAUUAAUAGCUUCAUUUCAUAUAAACACAAGUAACUUCCAAACACUUCUGUAGAGGACUAAAAAUGUAUCUGGUAUUGAAGUAAUCUGAACCAGUUCUGCAAGUGACUGUGUUUUGUAUUACUGUGAAGAUAUGAAAAUGUAAUCAUUACAAUUUUCAAAGUGUUCUGCAUAACUUCCUAAUUUCUACAUUCCCUCCCUCCCUCUUCAGGGGUUUCCUUUCCGUAAGCAACUUUUCCAUGCUCUUAAUGUAUUCCUUUUUGGUAGGAAUCCAGAAGUAUUCAAUUGAAUGGAAAAGCAUUUGGCAUUUCUGCACUGGGGGUCACAAAUUAAAAUGCCUCCUGUAUCAUAUAUGACGGAGGUCUUGUGUAUCUGUGACAACAGGAGGUUUCCUUAUUCAUUCUUCAUUUGCUGCUGUUUAAGUUGACAACUUCCCUUCCCAAUAAAAAUUCACUUACACCUUC